AUGUUUAAAUGGAAUUAUUUAAUUUAUAUUAUAUUGAGUAUAUUAGUGACACUUUAUUUUACUGAAGGUUAUGAAGAUCACACGUAUACGCUACUAUCAUCAGACCAGCACGCCGAAACACCGCGAUUAGAGGAUUUCUUCUGGACAGGAUCGGGUGAUGGACCUCCUCCACCAGAUUUGUCUGCGCCCGCGCCUGUACCAAGUUCACCAAUUGUUAGGACUACUACUGUCCUCGCUACGGUGUACUUGGAUUCAUAUCCACCACAGGCGGUGACAGACAAGACGGGUGAAUGCGUGGUCAAUUGUGAGUCACCUGAAGGGCUAGAGCCCGAGAUCCCGGAAGACAGGCGGUACUGGCUCCUCACAGUCAUACAAGGAUCAACACCAGAUAGUCUGCAGCUACGGCUAGCAAGGCUGUAUCAGAAAGCCUUCUUGAGGCAACAGGAAAAACAUCUCGGCAUAAUUAAAUCACUAGAUGCCACAACAGCAAGAAAAAAGCAUGAUGUACACUCAUUUAUAGUCAAUAAAAACAAUGAAAUAAGUCCGAUCAAUGAUAUACACAGUUCUAUGAUAAACAUAGACAUGCAAAGUGUUUCAACUAUAGAUAAGGAAAUGUUUUUAGCGAAUAGUAUGGAGUCAUUAAUAUCAGAAAUAGAACCUACUAGAGUAGAGGAUAUCGCUUGGGUGCUAGUAACUCCAACUAUGGUGAUUCGUAAAAGAGAUACGAGAGAAGCUGAAGAGAUAGAUAUGAAUAGAGAAGACAUUGAACCGCUGGAAGAGAGUAAUAAUGAGACAAUAUUGUUCAAGCGCGAAAUUAUUAAGCCGGAACAGCAACCGCCAGUACAGGUUCAUAUUCAGAAUAUAACCGAGUCAGCUGAAACUGGUAGUGUCCAGAUAGUGUAUGUAGUACUUGUGGGUGGUAGAGCUGUACCGGCAGCUGUAGCGGCCAGAGAUAUGAGAUUAGUGAGAGAUGCUGAGGUGGCAAAGGAGCUUGGUGCUGUGGUCACGACUAAGGCUGAACCAGCGUAUCUUCGAGCAGCAGAGGGACUGGAGGGUGAAGCACCCACCACCAUCCAUGGAACUGAACUGUGGGCCCUCGCUGUUGGCUCUACAAUUGCUGUUCUCUUAUUGAUAAUAAUUUUGGUUUUACUUUGUCUUGCACAUCGAAAAAAAUCUAUUAAAUCAUCAGCAUCCCUCCGCGCGUACAGAAACGAACUGAUGCAGGAAAUAGAGAAAAACCGAGCUUAUGUACGCGAAGACAAUAACGGAAAGCUUGUUAGCGUGGUGUCUCCAAGUCGCACAAGACCAAGCAGCGCUCUGCUUCCCAUUUACAGAAAGGGCAGUGCUUCCAGCUCAUCAACAACAUCGUCUAGUGUAUCCGAUAUAGUAGCCCUUCGACGUAGACAAAAGAAACCACACGCUCUCAGGAUGCCGCAGAAGAAGCGAGUGGGUACAACGGAUAGUCUACUCGAAGCAGCUGGAAUUGAAAGUUCUGACAGCGGACAACCUUCCGCGCCCCAAACACCCACCUCAUACCUUUCAAUGCCUUCUGUAACUACUUUUCCCAGGGGCAAUAUUGUGGAACCUCUGUCCCGUAUUCUGGAGCCAAUAUCAGUUCGACACCUGGACAUAGAUUCCCCUAUACCCAGCCCCAAGGGUCUCAAAGACACAGUACCACGACGCCAGAUGCCCUCACAGCUGGUCCGUUUGGGGAGCAUUGAUAAGGAUCCAGGGGUCAUUGGACCUCUAGUAUGGGACCUGCAUUGUCAAAGGAUUAAAGAUGCCUCAAAGCCGUCCAGCCCUAUGAAGUCUCUGACCCGCAAGGAGCCGUCAUCGUCUCGCAUGAGGCAAAGAUUCAAUGAACUAAUGGAUGAUGCCUUCACUCUAUUUGGAACUCCCACUCCCGAGACUUGUACUAUUGAGAGAGAAAGCAGUAAGGAUAAAUCUGAACCAGUGAGUGAGGCUCGUAACGAUAACGUACGUGUUCCAUGUACGGUUGAUACUGUACGCGGACGUUCGGCGGGACCUGGUCGCAGUGGUACACCAAUAGACUCCAUACGUCCGCGUACGUCAUUCGUACGCACAGCGAACGAACGUCGCGUGCCCACUCGCGCUUGGGGACCUACACCGCCUCAGUCUGUGACUCGUAUACCAGCAACACCUAUAGUAAACACAGCGCUAAUGAGCACCAAAGGAAAGUUAUCGCUGGACGACCCCGCCUUACCUCUCAUAUCAGCUAUUAAAUCAGAAAUACAACGGGUCCGAGAAAAUGCCUCCAAACAAAACUAA